GUCAAAUUUCAAUUUUCAUUCAUGAAAUUCCAUCAUUUUGAUUUUAGGUUGUAACUUGUAAAUCGGGAACUUGUAACUUGUAACCCGCACAAAAUGGGGAUUUUAGAGAAAAUAUCUGAAAUAGAACGAGAAAUCUCUCGCACUCAAAAGAAUAAAGCCACUGAAUAUCAUUUGGGGUUACUCAAAGCUAAACUAGCCAAAUACAGAUCUCAGCUGUUGGAACCCUCUAAAAAAGGAGGAGAAAAAGGAGAAGGAUUUGAUGUAUUAAAGAGUGGAGAUGCUAGAGUCGCACUCAUAGGGUUCCCAUCAGUAGGAAAGUCAACAUUGCUCUCAACCCUCACAAAAACUGAAAGUGAGGCUGCUUCCUAUGAAUUUACCACUCUAACUUGCAUCCCUGGUGUUAUUGAUUAUAAUGGGGCUAAUAUUCAAUUGCUUGAUUUGCCUGGUAUCAUUGAAGGUGCAGCACAAGGUAAGGGUAGAGGAAGACAAGUUAUUGCUGUGGCCAGAACGGCAGAUUUGGUUCUGAUGAUGUUGGAUGCAACUAAGAAAGAUGUUCAUAGAGAAUUGCUGGAAAAGGAAUUGGAAAGUGUUGGGAUUAGGCUUAAUAAAAGAAAGCCAAAUAUAUAUUUCAAGGUCAAAAAAGGUGGUGGUCUAUCAUUUAACUCCACCUGCCCCUUAACCAAAAUAGAUGAGAAGCUAGUUCAAUUGAUUUUGCAUGAAUAUAAGAUUUUUAAUGCUGAAGUUUUAUUCAGAGAAGAUUGCACAGCUGAUGAAUUGAUUGAUGUCAUUUGUGCUAAUAGAGUAUAUCUGCCAUGUUUGUAUGUUUACAAUAAAAUUGAUCAAAUAUCAAUUGAAGAGGUGGAUAGGAUUGCCAGACAACCCAACAGUGUAGUUGUAAGUUGUAACAUGAAGUUAAAUUUAGACUAUCUUCUGCAAGUGUUAUGGGAAUAUUUGAGUUUGAUCAGAGUUUAUACCAAAAAACCUGGUCAACCUCCAGAUUUUUCUGAUGGACUUAUUUUAAGAAAAGGCGUUUCAGUUGAGCAUGUUUGUCAUGCCAUUCAUAGGACAUUAGCAGCUCAGUUUAAAUAUGCAUUAGUUUGGGGAACAAGUACUAAAUAUUCACCACAGAGGGUAGGUUUGUCCCAUAUAAUGGCUGAUGAAGAUGUAAUUCAGGUUGUUAAAAAAUAAAGCUGGUUACUUGGUUUUCAAU